AUGAUCACCCGGUUCCUCACCGACGUCCGCGUGUCUUUCAAUCCCUUCUCCCCGCGCUCCAAGCCCGCGCGCCUCUUCCUUUCUCUGAUCCCACCGGAUGCGCGCUUAGAUGGCAUGAAGAUUGAGUCCAAGAUGCUGCCGCGAAACAGCAAGGAGCCGGCGAGCUUGGGCGUCAAGUUCAAAGACGGCAAGGAAAUGAACCUGGAUCUCAGCAAGAUGCGCAUCACACAAGUCGUCGAGGAGGUAGACAGACAUUCACGGUCCUUGGCGCGGAAAGAAGAGCUAGCAGGCAACUAA